GGUUGCAGAGGACAAAUCAACUUAAACUUUUAAUUGAGUGUAAAGGUACACUAUACAGCCUCUGGUACUCUAGUCGUGACGUGGAUUAUGGCUUCCUUUUUGUCUUUUGUCACGCGUGCACCCCUGACAUCCGUCAGACCAUUUCAGUCAUCAGCUGGAAAGCUAUUAAGGUCACAAGUUCUUCAGUCUAGAUACCCUUCCCCACUGAUAGCAAGAGCAAUGGCAACCAAAAUUCAAGGUGGAACUGUUGUGGAAAUGCAAGGAGAUGAAAUGACAAGGAUUAUUUGGGAUUUGAUUAAAGAAAAGUUGAUUCUUCCAUUUAUUGAUUUGGAUAUCAAAUUCUAUGAUUUGGGAAUUGAGAACCGUGACAAGACUAAUGAUCAGGUCACAUUUGAUUGCGCUGAGGCAAUUAAAAAGUAUAACGUUGGAAUAAAGUGUGCCACCAUUACACCAGACGAGGCAAGAGUAGAAGAAUUCAAUCUCAAGGAAAUGUGGAAGUCGCCAAAUGGAACAAUCCGUAACAUACUCGGAGGAACAGUUUUUAGGGAAGCAAUCAUCUGUAACAACAUUCCACGUCUUGUACCAGGCUGGAAAAAAUCCAUAGUUAUUGGUCGUCAUGCUCAUGGUGAUCAGUAUAAAGCAACUGAUAUUGUAAUUCCUGGUCCUGGUAAAGUUGAACUGGUGUAUACCCCUAAAGGUGGAGAGCCACAGUGUCAUACUGUUUUUGAUUUUAAGGAUGGCGGUGUUACAAUGGGAAUGUACAACACUGAUGAAAGUAUACGUGACUUUGCUCACAGUUCUUUCCGUUAUGCAAUUAGCAAGGGUUGGCCUUUAUACAUGAGUACUAAGAACACAAUCCUGAAGCGUUAUGAUGGACGCUUUAAGGAUAUUUUUGAAGAAAUAUACCAGAAAGAUUACAAGAGUCAGUUUGAUGCUAAGGGGAUAUGGUAUGAACAUCGCCUGAUUGAUGACAUGGUGGCACAAGCACUCAAAAGUGAAGGAGGGUUUGUCUGGGCAUGCAAGAACUACGAUGGUGAUGUACAGAGUGAUGUAGUUGCUCAAGGGUAUGGAAGUUUAGGCAUGAUGACCAGUGUCCUUGUAUGUCCUGAUGGCAAGACAGUUGAGAGUGAAGCUGCUCAUGGAACUGUGACACGUCAUUAUAGAAUGCACCAGCAAGGAAAAGAGACAUCUACUAACCCAAUAGCUUCUAUUUUUGCAUGGACUCGUGGUCUUGCCCAUCGUGCUAAACUUGAUAAUAAUCCUGAAUUGACACGUUUUUGUGAUAAUUUAGAAAAAGUUUGCAUAGAAACAAUUGAGGCAGGGAUCAUGACUAAGGAUUUAGCUGGGUGUAUUAAAGGGAUACAAAAUGUCACUCCUGAUGACUAUCUCAACACUUUUGCUUUCCUUGACAAAUUAGCGGAAAAUCUAAAGGCAAAGCAGGCUAAAUGACUAAAUGAAAGUAGAAAGUCACAUCUUUGACUGAGGCCGCUGUAUAGUAUGUAGUUCAAUUUAUUUAUUAUUAAUAUUAAUAUUAACUUAUUAGUAGUAUCAAAAUUAUUUUUGUUUGAUUAUUAUGCUUUAAUAAAUUUGUCUCUUUCAUAACAAAAA